GUCCGGGGGGGCGUGGCUUGAGAGCUACCUGCAGCAGGUAGCUUCAGGUUACCGGCUGUUGAUCGCUCGAUGUUUACAGAUAACUCUGUGCUGCGGAGGAGUUUUAACCUCUCAGUUUUUUAUCAGCUGGUCACAACCUGAGAGCUCACCUGACACACCGGAAGUGUUCCAGGAGCGUUUGAAUUGUGUUUUUUCUUCUCUCAAACAAAUCGGACGUAUUUCACGUUUCCACGUUUUCUGGAGAUGAGCUGCUCCGACAGCGGGUAAACUUGACGUCAUGUCAGGAUGCCUGGAGGCAGAACGCCACGGUAACUUCAUCCCCACCACUGCAGGACGGGAUGUUUUGCCCAGAGAGGAGGCGAGGGACAUGGAGCUGUCUCUGAACGUGUCCGAGUCUCUGUUUGUUUUCACCUCGUCUCCUCUGGAGGUGAGCGGGGAGGAGAUGCAGCAAGUGCACGGCAACUGGAGCCAAGAUGGAGACCUGCAGGGAUGUGGGCAGUUGGAGAGGAGGUGGGUCCUCUGGCAUGAGUUUAUGAAGGAACACGCCCACCUGGAUGCCUGGCUGCGAUUGGCCGAACAGGCCGUCAGCUCUCCUAACCCCGCCCAUGUCACCUACACCGCCGCCAAGGAGGAACUGAGGAAGUUUGAGAGGCUGCAGUGCGAGGCUGGAUCUCGGCUCGUCCAGUUGGACAGUCUGACCCGGAGGAAUCAAACACUGACUCGGCUGUUUGUGGGUGCCAUGCGGGCUCGUCUGCUGGCGUCAGCGAGGGAGUGUGGGCGACGAUGGGAUGAUGUGAACAUCAAACUGGAAUCCAUCACGGCACGGCUGAAGCUCUUUGUCUCAGAGUGGGAGGAGUUUGAGGCAGAGAGGGAGGAGCUCGCUCUCUGGUUGGCCAACCUGGACGUCCGUCUUACUGAGGUGGAUCACCUGAAUGGAAACACCUGUGAAAAGCUGAGACGCCUGCAGUCCUUCCAGCAGUGUGUGUGCGUGAACUCGGGCCGUGUGAACGCCCUCCUGCAGUGUGGUGAGGAGCUGAUCCAACGCAGCGAUCCGACAGACGCUCAGCACAUAGAGAGCCGCCUGCUGGAGCUGCUGCGCCACUGCAGCCAUGUCUACAACAACAUCGCACGGACACACACACGGCUGCUCAGCAUGAGACUGGUGUUUGAGGAUGACUGUUUUCUGUCUCAGGCCACAGACUCUGGUUGUCCCUCAGAGACUCUGUUAGAGGAAGAGGGAGCGCUUGAUAAACCAAACCUGGACCUCCCUGCAGUUUCAAACCAUCCUAAAGAUUUCCUGCCCUCAGCCGUCCACCACCCUCCUCCCCCCUCUCCGUCCUCCGCUACUCACGAGCACCUGGGGUUGGAGUGGGACCCCUCGGUCGAUAUCGGACGCUCUGUCUCCUGCGACGACGGCGACUCGUCGUAUUUCAGCGCCAGCACAGGACGGUGUCACAGAGAUGGCCUGAAGAGGUGGAGCUACUUCAGUUCUCUCAGCUCUCGGUCUGACAUCAGCAAUGACAUCAUAAACCAGGAAGUAGACUUGCGACUGGGCUGGCUGGCACCCCGGGAGGAGGAGCCACGUCUGAACGGAGACCAGUGGGUGACCUCGACUCCCGAGAGACAGGACAGCGAGCCGGUCGGCUUUCGAUGGUGGGCGAGUGAGGGCGUGGCUGGGAGUCCAGAGCCAUGCCCCUCCAGAGAGGAGGACUUCCUGUUCCAAAGCGGUGCAGACGCUGAAGAGUCGUCGUCCUGUUGUGAGGAAGCUGAGCAUCUUUUCUCUGAACAGAGUGUAACCUCCAGCAGCGAGGCCUCCUCCUCCUCCUCCUCCUGCCUGCUCCCCCCAGCCCUCCUCUACCUCCUCCUGGCUGCAGUCCUGGCCCUGCUGGCCGGUCUGAUCUGGCUCGUCCUGGAGUCUCCGUCGUGCCAUCGUAGCAGCAGGAUGUCACGUAACUUCCACCUGACACUGAGAUACGUCAACGGGCCCCCGCCCACCUGAACACCACCCACAGACUCUCACAGAUAGAGUGUGGACAAAGCACUUUCCUCAGUCUCCACGGGACAAAAGCUUGCAGCUCAUCAUGUAAGAAAUGAACUCAUUUCAGUGAACCAACAAGUCCAACUCAAACAUCAGAAACCUGACAGAAAUCUGCAGGAAAGCAAGACUGUUCUCCACCGAUAAUUUCCAUCAUUAUCCAGGUACCUACCUACCUACAGAAUUAUGUCCUUCACGGGUUAAGUUCAGGUUUACAAUGACCCUUGUUUUAGGUGUAUAACUGUCAACACUGUGCAUUAGCUAAUAGUUUUAAUUUACACACCACUUCAGGUUGUCAGGCGUUUUACUGACCUGCUAACAACAGCUUUUUUCCACCUUACAGUAAAAAAGUGAGCAGCAGUAAUGACUUAGUCCUGGAACACCUGGAAACAACUGAAAAACAUUUCCAGUUACUCAGCCUGCCAGUAAAGUCAGACGACUCCACCAAACUGAACUUUGUAAAAUUGGCCAUCAGUAUCUAUAAAACAAAUUGGAUCAAGGCAGAUUACUGCAUCAGAAUCAUGGAAGAUAAAACUUUGAUUUGUACUGGAAAUGGCUGAAAUAAUCUCAUCACUGUGGCAUUUUUUUAAUGUAAGGGAAAUUAGAUUAUAACUUUAGCAUAAAAAUUCAUCCUCGACAUUCAAAAACAGUAAUUGGACCAAAUAAAACCCACUCCCUAAAUGACUGUGUCAAAUGGAGUGCAGUGUAUUUAUUCAUUAUACAGCAGCUCUGUGCUCCCGGACCAGUCUUGGAUGCAACUUCUGAAAUAAGUUUAUCCAUAAAAAAUAGUUUUCCUGCUUUCCUGAUUGGAAACUGGUGCUUAAACUUAAAGAACAAGGCUAUCAUCCCUAAUUCCACCAAGAAACAAAAGCAAAUCAGUUACUCAGGUUUCAGAACUGCCUUAUUUACCAGGCUGAUGCUACAGUACAUUAUUGUAGCAUCUGCUAGUUUAAUGUUCACACUAAAACUGUGUUUAAUUAAAGAUGAAAAUCUGGUUUUGUUGGUUGUAAACUUGGAAAAGCCAAUCGUCAGAUCCUGUUCCUCCAGCAGUCGUUAAGCUAAUACUGUCUGUUAGCUAGCGUGGAAAAGAGCAGCUGUAAAUGUGCAUUUUCAUCACAGCAUUCAUUAUAAAAGUAUUUACACUCUUUGCUUUUGCAGAACGCCGUCAGAUAAAUAUGGUGUAAUGUAGAAACACUGCCAGGGUUGAAAAAUCAGAUUGUUUCUUUAUCCUGAAGUCUGACUUUCUGGGGUUGUUUAUAUCCAUAUUUCCUGAUUAAUGAUUUCAAGAAAUUGCAGAAACGUAGCACUAACACUGUAGGAGGGUGAAGCCAAUGGUCACAUCCUGAUCACAUUUAUCAUAUUAUUAUUUAAACAUUUAAUGAAGCAGAGUGAUGUUUAUGCCUUGCUUACACAGCUUUAAACUGCUAUCUGUGCUAAAGCUAACGUAGCUAAAGCUAAUGUGAAGCCUACAAGCAAACUAUGCUUUUCCUUCACUGCCUGUAUGUAACACUGUGUAUGACUGCCAUUCAUGUCAAAAUGAUCAAGUAUUUGGUGCUUAAUUUUAAGCCCUAACUGCCUUAUCACACCAUGAAAGCACUUAUAUUUAUAAUUCAUCCAGAUGUUUUGUAACAAGUUGUGUAUUCACAGGGAAAUGAAGGGAGCAGUUUUUUCAUGUUUUAUCCAAAACUACAAAUCAUACACUCUGUACAUUACUGCUUAUCUUUUUCUAAAGUGGUUUUCUUUGUUACGUUCCAGCCACUCCGGUUCUAUGAGACUCAUCUUGCAGAGACAUGAAGCUUUGUGCAGAGAAAUAAUCCAUCACAGUCCAGAUUGUGUCUUUAUUUGGCGUAGUCAGUUGUGUUAUUGUGACGUGUGUGUUGAUCCAUUUGAAAUGCAGCUGCUGGGUUUGAAAAGGCUGCACGGUAACUCCACCUCGACCAAAAUAAAAGCGGCCACUUUAUUAUAGCUCAUCUGUCCACAGGCCGUUUCAAGUCCCUGCAGGUUGUUUUUCAAAGACACAGACACAAACGCUGUUUCUGCUACACAGACCGACAUGUUCACACGUGUCGUACGUGUUCAGUGUGUUUGCAGACAUGAGUAAAUGAUUUUGAAUUUAUGUCACACAUACUUUAGAAAGUGUGUGAGAUUUGAAACCAGUGGGAGGAUUUGGAAAAAGAACAUCUGAUACAUGUUAGCACAUGAAAAAUGUGUGAUGACGUCUGAUCUUUUCUUACUGUGGAUGUUUUAUUUUCACCCUUUUGUCAAUAAUGUCAUGUUACAGCUUAAAGAAGGUGCUGCCUGGUUUAUUAUUGUGUGUUCUCAGUGACUGAAGAGUUGUGGUGAAUCUGAGCUGUACAUAAGAGACGACCUGUCUACAAAAACAAGCAUGGAGAACUGUGUGUGUGAUGAUAAACUAAACGUCCGACUUUCUCAGGAAGAUGUCAGCUCAUGAUGAUGAAGUCAUUUUGAAGUUAAUUGAGAAGGGAACUUCAGCUGCCAUCUAAAAUGAUAUUUCAGAAUCAGAUAUUCAUCCAUUCAAUGUUCUUGCUUUUUCUUUUUUUUAACAUGUGUUUGAAAAUAUAAAUAAAAUGAACUGUAUGAAA